AUCUAAAACAGCACACUCACACAGUAUAUUUAACCUUUUGAAAACCGCUAUAUUACCAAUUUCAACAUCCUUUAUCAUGAAGCUCGUUCUCUUUACUAUGUCUCUGCUAGCUGCAGAAUCUCUAGCGUUGCGGUGCUAUUGUAUAUACAAUCACACUAAGCAUAACACGAUCACUGGCUACGCUUGUCCACACCAGGUCGGCAUUGACCGCCACGGAACCUUCUUCUGCCAGUGGAGUAGGAGUGAACGUGAAUGGAUACAAGCCUGCGAGCGAGAAGAGAGUGGAGCCAACGGAGACUGUGUACAAUAGGACAGACCCGUCUAGCAGGUAAAGAGAAGAACUACACAGGCCUAGGAAAAAAGAGGUGUCGUGACACUGGAACCGCUUCGUGUGGCUGGUACCGGUGGUAAGCGCCACAGGCGUGGAUUACGAAUAGGUUGGCCCACAGAGAGAAGGGUAUUUCUAGGCGACGUACGUCUUGUAUUUCAGCAAUAAUACUGUAUUUGACUUGAUAUUCACCUUGGAGAAUAAGCCUAUUAAAGAAUAUCAGUACUUAUACACCUCAAGAAUCGCUG